UCAUACGUUUCGUCUUUCUUGACAAGUUUCACACUCCUUAGGGCACUAUUGUCGCUGGAGAGUGCAAACUCUCAAAGGGUUGACUUGCAUGUCGGACGUUAUAAGGCGUCCAGCUGUAGAGCAGACCGGCUGGAGAAGUGCGGCGUCCAUCGAACGCGGGAUGGCGGCAUCAAUGACUUAGGACCAUUUUUCAGCUGGCUGAAACCACACGCAUGACUUUUGUUCGCGUGCUGGAUCGUUGCGUGUUUUAGUUGCAUGACGAGCAGUGUCGCAUACCGCAUGAUUCUUAUCAAGCACCAUGGCGUGGUUGCUCUGCACACGGUAUCACGAUGUUUCAUGCGAAGCUCGUUCGAAAGCAGCGUCAUGCGCAAAGCGGCUCUUUUCUUGAACUUUUUACGAUGUGGUGGUCAACUUGAUGAGUGGGUCCCUGCCGCGCGCGACGGCGGCUACUCGCAUGAUGGCUUUUUUGUCUCUUGUCCGUCAUCUUGUGGAACCCCGGGACAGGAACAUCAAGAAAAAGAGAUCCAGCUUGCAAAAGAUCUCGAUGGAGUGCAUGGAAAGGGCGGGGCAAUAUUGAUUGAGAAGGUGCGAUUCCGCUGCUUCCAGCAUCCGGGUUCGACAGUGCUGGCAAAUAAGAGUUUCUCACGGGUUUCUGUGCCUUAUGGAUAUUGCCGUCCUGUGUCGCAUGCGAGGACUUCUUCGUCAUGCCAUCGGUGUCGUGAAUUGCGAAAAGAGAAGAACCAGGAAACUCAGGUCUUCGGAGAACUAUUCGACUUCCUUAUAUCACAGGACCUAUAAUUGCUUAUGCCAUGUUUCACAUUUGUAUACAAACAACAAUAGAUAAUAACAAAAAUACUCAC